GCAAAAUGAUGAUGUAUAAAUGAAGCAUAAGAGAAGAGAUCAAACUUACUUCAACAAUGGCACAAUACGAAGAUUUUGAACCAUCUUAUGAAUGGGCUCAAGAUGCAGAAAGCGACACGCUCAUUCUUGUGCUCAAAGGGUUCAGAAAGGAGAAUUUGAGGGUUCAAAUAGGCACAAACCGUAGACUAAAACUGAGUGGUGAAGAAGAGAUAAGUGAGAAGAAACGGCGUAGAAUUAACAAAGAAUUCAGCAUUCCUUCUCAUUCUAGCACCAACGGGAUCAAAGCCAAGUUAGAAGGUGGCCUUCUAUACAUAAGGAUUCCCAAAAACAUCACUGAAGUUAAGCCACCAACACAACAACCUUAUGAAAAUCAAAAAUAUCCAAGAGAAACCAGAGAAGCACCAACACCAACACCAGAGGAAGCAAAGAAAGGGGAAGAUGAUAGAAAGGUUGAUGAAGAUAGAGUGAAAGCUACCAGUUCUAAAGCUAAGGAAAUGCAUGAAGGAGUUAACCAGGUUGAGAAAAAGGUUUACCAGAAGUUACCAACAACACUUUAUGGUUUGGUUGGGGAUAUUAUGAAGCAAAACAAAUUACCCAACUUGGUUGUUGCCAUCUUCUUGUUCUUGGCCAUGGGAAUUUAUGUCAAAAAUGUAAUCAUGUCAGCUUUUGGAGGAUCAUCAAACCAAGACCAUUAAAUCUUGCUUCGCUAAUGUAUUUAUAUACAUAAUAUGCCACAUAUGAUAUAAAUUUUAUUUGUACUUGUAAGCAUCAAUUGCAUCAAUUGAAUCAUUAAUAGUAACUGUUGAUGGUUAUUAUG